CAGAUUAUAAGUGAGCCGCAGCUGUGAAUAUAAUGAACUGUUGAAUCCUCAUUCGGCCGUGAGCGGAACUUCUCAGCCACACACGCGUGGGCUCACGCGCGUUAUAAACAUUUCAAUUGUGCUCUGAUGAGCGCCUUCUCACUUGCAGAAGACAAAGAGAAUGAUGGUGAAAAGGUGGAAGAAGAAAAGUCUAAGGAACUGAAAAUCUGUGCGCAGUGUAACAAAAAGAUAGAGGGGAAGUUUUUGCUGCGAGCUUUAGACCAGUUCUGGCAUGAAGAGUGUUUGAAGUGUUCGUAUUGCAAUACUCAACUGUCUGAUUUAAGCUUCAAGUUUUACAUCAAAGGAGAUCAAAUACUUUGUAAGCGAGAUUACAUCAGGUUGUUUGGAGCCACAGGAAUUUGCUCUCGAUGCUUGAAAAUCAUUCCACCGCUAGAAAUGGUCAUGCGGGCUCGUGAACACGUCUAUCACUUGGACUGUUUCGCCUGUCACGUGUGUCGUUAUAGAUUCUGCGUUGGAGACAGGUUCUACCUUUAUUACAACACAAUCCGCUGUCAAGAUCACUAUUAUGGCGACAGGGGUUACUUUUAUCAGACUCCUUUCUUUUGGUGACUCAAGGGGAUCUCAGUUUCUCGUGUCAACUCCUCUCUCAAGCUGUUUCUCUCAUUUCAGGACCACCGUGUCAAACAACAGGGAAACUGGGAUCAAGUCUGACUUUUGAUUCGCUUCCUAAACGUUUUUCUCACUAAGAUUGGAAAUCCAUUAAUGCGUUCACAAUCAUAUGAGUGGGUUUUAGGCCUUGUACUUUUUAGCAAAUUUCUACUUUGAUCAAUAAUUGUUUUUGUUUAUUGCAAUAUUUCGUACUGAUAGCUUUUGAAGGAGAUAAAAGAAAGGUUGUAUUUUGUAGUAACAAGAUCAAGAGCAUCUCGAAAGAGCUUGUCUGUGUAAAAAUCUAUCUUAAAGAUUCAAAAGUCCAAUUACUGUAAAGAGAAAUAAAAUUUUGCUUCAACACUUUUUA